GCGCAUGCGCACUACGCCCUCAUGCCGUGCGCGAGGCGGCGGCUGUGCACCGCCAUCUUGGCCGGUGGCGGUAAGAACACGCCGCGUGCUGAGACGCCCCUGGGCGCUGCUUGGGCUGCUGCACGCCCCGCCGCGAGGGGAUCGUCGUCUCCAGAAGAGCUGGAUAUUCUUUGUUACAAUUAUGGCAGACAAAUUAACGAGAAUUGCUAUUGUCAACCAUGACAAAUGCAAACCUAAGAAAUGUCGACAGGAGUGCAAAAAGAGUUGCCCUGUGGUUCGAAUGGGAAAAUUAUGCAUAGAGGUUACACCCCAGAGCAAAAUAGCAUGGAUUUCUGAAACUCUUUGUAUUGGUUGUGGUAUUUGUAUUAAGAAAUGCCCUUUUGGCGCCUUAUCAAUUGUCAAUUUGCCAAGCAACUUGGAAAAAGAAACAACACAUCGAUAUUGCGCCAAUGCCUUCAAGCUUCACAGAUUGCCUAUCCCUCGCCCAGGUGAAGUUUUGGGAUUAGUUGGAACUAACGGUAUUGGAAAGUCAACUGCAUUAAAAAUUUUAGCAGGAAAGCAAAAGCCAAACCUUGGAAAGUAUGACGAUCCACCUGAUUGGCAAGAGAUUUUGACUUACUUCCGUGGGUCUGAAUUACAAAAUUACUUCACCAAGAUUCUAGAAGAUGACCUAAAAGCCAUUAUCAAACCUCAAUAUGUAGACCAGAUUCCCAAGGCUGCAAAGGGCACUGUGGGGUCUAUUUUGGACCGAAAAGAUGAAACAAAGACACAGGCAAUUGUAUGUCAGCAGCUUGAUUUAACUCACCUUAAAGAACGAAAUGUCGAAGAUCUUUCAGGAGGAGAGUUGCAGAGAUUUGCUUGUGCUGUCGUUUGCAUACAAAAAGCUGAUAUUUUUAUGUUUGAUGAACCUUCCAGUUACCUCGAUGUCAAGCAACGUUUAAAGGCAGCCAUUACUAUUCGAUCUCUAAUAAAUCCAGAUAGAUACAUCAUUGUGGUGGAGCAUGACCUCAGUGUGCUAGACUAUCUCUCUGACUUCAUCUGCUGUUUAUAUGGUGUGCCGAGUGCUUACGGCGUUGUCACUAUGCCUUUUAGUGUAAGAGAAGGCAUAAACAUAUUUUUGGAUGGCUAUGUUCCAACAGAGAACCUGAGGUUCAGGGAUGCAUCGCUUGUUUUUAAGGUAGCUGAGACAGCAAAUGAAGAAGAAGUUAAGAAGAUGUGUAUGUAUAAAUACCCUGGGAUGAAGAAAAAGAUGGGAGAGUUCGAGUUAGCCAUCGUGGCUGGAGAGUUCACAGAUUCUGAAAUCAUGGUGAUGCUGGGGGAAAACGGUACAGGUAAAACCACAUUUAUCAGGAUGCUUGCUGGAAGGCUUAAGCCUGAUGAAGGAGGAGAAGUACCAGUGCUAAAUGUCAGUUAUAAGCCACAGAAAAUCAGUCCCAAAUCAACAGGAAGUGUUCGCCAGUUGCUACAUGAAAAGAUCAGAGAUGCUUACACUCAUCCACAGUUUGUAACUGAUGUGAUGAAGCCCCUACAAAUUGAAAACAUCAUUGAUCAAGAGGUGCAGACGUUGUCUGGUGGUGAACUUCAGCGAGUAGCUUUAGCUCUUUGUCUGGGCAAGCCUGCUGACGUCUAUUUAAUUGAUGAACCCUCUGCAUAUUUGGAUUCUGAACAAAGGUUAAUGGCAGCUCGGGUUGUCAAACGUUUCAUUCUCCAUGCAAAGAAGACAGCUUUUGUUGUAGAACAUGACUUCAUCAUGGCCACCUACCUAGCAGAUCGCGUCAUCGUUUUUGAUGGAGUUCCAUCUAAGAACACAGUUGCAAACAGUCCUCAAACUCUUUUGGCUGGCAUGAACAAGUUUCUGUCUCAGCUCGAAAUUACAUUCAGAAGAGACCCCAACAACUACAGACCACGAAUAAACAAACUUAAUUCAAUCAAGGAUGUGGAACAAAAGAAGAGUGGAAACUACUUUUUCUUGGAUGAUUAGAUUGAAUCUGAGAUUAUCAAUAAGCCAUUUACCGGGAUUUUUAUUAUAUAAAACUUUAAUCAGGUUUUAUGGCCCCACAUACUCUGGAGCUUGAAGUAUGAUUUUCUUAAUGUGACAUCAAAAGCCAGUUGUCUUGUAAAUUGUUGUUUAAAAACUAUUCUGUGCAUACCACACUAAAAUGGAGACAUUUCAAAUACAUGAGUUACCUCCAGCUUUACAUGCUCUGUGGGGAGAUUUUCAGUUGUGUCAUAUUCAUUACCAGAUAACUUACCAGUGUUGCCCGCCCUUAACAUCUUGGAGGAAAUGUGCACUUACUGUCUGCUAAGUGCGCUAGUAUAGUGAGAUUGCCUUCUUCUAAGAGCCGGCCGGAGAGUGUGCUGCUGAGGUCAGGGUUAUAUUUGCUGUUUGUUCACAGUCUGUGCACUCUAUCGGUGUGUCGCUUCCAAGGAACGCUGUUUGCUACAAGCACCGUUGUUGGAAGACGGACGUUUGUGACCAACUUGUGCAUUGUUUGUAAUGGGCUUUUUGGUGCUUUUGAACAUCUGUCAAAAAUUAUUUCAGUACCCUUAUUUUUUUUUUCAGUUUUUACAUUCUAUAAGAUUUUAUAACAUUCAAAGUAAUGUUACUUUGUAAACAUAAAUUUAUAUAAUCACUGAACAAGUUGCGGGCCCAUUUCUGAAGAAUAUUUGCUACCUAUAGAACUCUAGGCUUGGGCGGGGACAUCUUCCGUCAGUGAAGUGCGAGCUCUACACCGUGAGGACCAUAUUUUAGAGGCAGUGGGAGACUCUAAUACUAGUUCUGGGGUCUGAAGACACGCAAAUCCCUAGAGCUCACUGGCCGGCCGGCCUAACCGAAUCCAAGUGCCAUGCUCAGUAGAAGGUCCUGUCUCAAGAAGUUCAUUAAGAAGACACCUAUCAAACCUCUGGCCCCAGCAUACCGACAUGAACCCACACACAACCCUACAAAUAACCAAGUCUUUAUAGUUGGUGCCUACGUAUCUGGAUGUUGGGGUUUCAUUUUUAGUUUUAUUCUGAGACGGAAUGUCCUGUAGGCCAAGCCUCAAAAUUACAUAUCCAAGAAAAACCUUGAAUUUCUGAGCCCACUAACACAGGCUUGGAUUAUACAGUGCGGAGGAUCAAACCCGGGGCUUUGUGCAUGCUAGGCAAGCACUGUAACAACUGAGGUACAUCCUCAGCCCUAAAUAUUUAUAGACUACAGAUUUUUUUCUGUUGAGCAACCAAGGGCAACCUUAAACAACUUCUCCAGUGAGUACAGGAAAAAGCAAUAUGAGUAUCCAUUGCUGCAGUACAUAUUCAUUUGUCAGUUUUAGAUACAAAGGACAUUAUCCCAACCCUUACUGAUAUCCUGAACUGGAAUUAUGAGGAAGAUGGAUUGCAAUGAAUAAUGGGGCAGGCAAAACAGGAAAAUUAGAAAUUAUUUGACAAGACUUAGAACUUUAAAUGAUAGAUGUUGACUAAUUUGUAAACAAUGAUAGAAAAUUUGUUUUGACUGGACCCCAUUAGGCCUUCUAAAAAUGACUUUAUAUGAAUAAUCUAUAAAUACAUAACUUGUAAAAGAAUGCAAAUAUACAGAAGUAUAUGGAAUAAAAAAAUUUUUCCCUUCGUCA